AGGAUUUUGUUCAUAAAAACCCAUGGAAGCAAGUGGUGCUGUAUGUACAACUUUGGGUUAUUUUCUAGGGAUGAGUGACCAAGAAUGGGCUCACUAGGCCAGGAGGUCUGAAUAGUUUUAGUGCUCUUGGCACAUUAUGGGCAGAUCGCUUUCAGAAAAGAUUGUUGGAAUUUACACUCUGACUGAUAAUCCACGGGAGUGUCAACCUCCCCAUACCCUUACCAGAAUUGGGUGUUACCAUGUUCCUAGUUCUUUCUGCUCCUUUGACAGGUGAUGUUCAUUGGCUUUUCAUGGCUAGUGAGGCAGAACCAUUGACUGUGUUCAUCAGCUGUCCACAUCUUCGGGGGUCAGUGCACAUGCAGCCCCUCCUCGUGCCAAUCAGGAACCAACAAGGACCAGUGUAUUGCAGGGGGAUUCAGACAAAGGAUGGUGUUUUCUUCCAUCCAUCCAUCCAUCCAUUCAUCCAUCCAUCCAUCCAUCCACCCACCCACUUAGCAGACACUGCCCAAUUUAAAUGACCCUACUCUGAUGCUUUCUGAUAGAGUACCAUGUCUAGAGAUGGCUAAGAAAACAUGUGCCCUGAUGGGUUGAGUCACAUUCAGGGUACAUGGGGAACAGCACCCAGGUGGGCUAUGCAGACCCGACUGUCUUCCAGGAGGAAGUGCCUGUGCAUGAGGACCUACAUGAGGAGUUGGAUUAACCAGUGAGGUGCUGUUGGGAUCACAGAGGAAGUGACUGACUGGGGGUUCAGGGAAAGCUCCGUAGAAGAGGGAACACUUGAGCUGGGUCUUGAAGGAUGAGUAGAAGUUCACCAAGUGGGAAAGGACCCUCUAGGAUGGCUGAGCCUCGAUUUAACAACCCCUACUUCUGGCCCCCUCCUCCCACCAUGCCCAGCCAGUUGGACAACCUGGUCCUGAUUAACAAGAUCAAAGAGCAGCUGAUGGCCGAGAAGAUCCGGCCACCUCACCUGCCACCCACAUCAGCCUCCUCGCAGCAGCCACUGCUAGUGCCACCGGCACCGGCAGAGAGCAGCCAAGCUGUCAUGUCGCUGCCCAAACUGCAGCAGGUGCCGGGGCUGCACCCGCAGUCUGUGCCGCAGCCUGAUGUGGCAUUGCAUGCGAGGCCGGCCACCAGUACCGUCACAGGUCUGGGGCUUUCCUCCAGGACCCCUGCUGUGAGCACAUCAGAAUCAACCCCUGGCACUGGCACAGGCACCAGUACCCCAUCCACACCCACCACCACCAGCCAGAGUCGCCUCAUCGCCUCAUCCCCCACCCUCAUCUCAGGGAUCACCAACCCCCCCCUCCUGGACUCCAUCAAGACAAUCCAGGGCCACGGCCUGCUUGGCCCCCCCAAGUCUGAACGCGGCCGCAAAAAGAUCAAGGCAGAGAACCCUGGGGGUCCUCCUGUCCUUGUUGUCCCCUACCCCAUCCUGGCCUCCGGUGAGACUGCCAAGGAGGGCAAGACAUACAGGUGUAAGGUAUGCCCGCUCACCUUUUUCACCAAGUCUGAGAUGCAGAUCCACUCCAAGUCACAUACAGAGGCCAAGCCCCACAAGUGCCCGCACUGCUCCAAGUCCUUUGCCAACGCCUCCUACCUGGCCCAGCACCUGCGAAUCCACUUGGGUGUGAAACCCUACCACUGCUCCUACUGUGAUAAGUCUUUCCGACAGCUCUCCCACCUCCAGCAGCAUACCAGAAUCCACACAGGAGACAGACCAUACAAGUGCCCACAUCCUGGCUGCGAAAAGGCUUUCACUCAGCUCUCCAACCUCCAGUCUCACCAGCGCCAGCACAACAAGGACAAGCCCUACAAGUGUCCCAACUGCUACCGGGCCUACUCAGACUCGGCCUCCCUGCAGAUUCACCUCUCGGCCCACGCCAUCAAGCACGCCAAGGCUUACUGCUGCAGCAUGUGUGGGCGGGCCUACACUUCGGAGACCUACCUGAUGAAGCACAUGUCCAAACAUACGGUGGUGGAGCACCUGGUGAGCCAUCACUCGCCCCAGAGGACGGAGUCCCCCGGAAUCCCGGUGCGAAUCUCUCUCAUCUGAGCCCACCUGUGGCACUGCGCUGCCCCGCCCGGCCCAUUUGGCAGACACAGACCCAGGCAGCACCCGGCCUGACUGACACCCAGUGGGGCCUCCAGGAACCGCCAAGCUCUCUCAUGACCUUCCCAAUCUGCUAGAAAGCUUGGUCCGAAGAAGCCCUACCUGGUCCAGUUCCCGGAUGGCCAGGCCAACUGCAAGAUUCUGGACUGUUCUGGUGGCAUCCAAAGACGAUCUCAGAGCACUUUGAACCUGUCUGUUGGGUUUUCUUUUUGUUCCCCAUCCCUCACUUGCUUCACUGUUUCUUGUUUUUAAGUUUGUUUUGGAAAUAACAAAAAGGAUAUUUAUUGGCCAGAACGUUGGUGCUGCUAAGACUGAGAAGUUAAAAGGACUGGACAGAUGGAUAUAGAGAACAGGAGGGCAGCGUGGGACCUUCCCUGGCCAUAGCCUCAGGUCUUGAGGGAAGGCUCAGGCCUGGGGUUUUGAACUUCAAAGGGGUGCCCCCAGGUGGGAGGGAGCAGGAGGCAGCUGGCUGGAGUGAGCCCUUUCACCUGGGUGCCCAGCUCAAACAGUCUGAGCCUUGCCCUAGGCUUCACUGAGCAGAGGGCUUGGCCACUGCCAGGGCUGCCUGGCUUCAGGGCAUGGAACUCAGAGGGGCCUGGAGAGCCGCAGGACCAAAGGGUGCAGUGACGGCUGGGUGUCAAGUCCAGGGAAAUGGGGUGGGAGGUGCUGGGUGAGACCUGGCCCCUCCCCUGCUGCCCUGAAGACCACCCCAGUCUACCUCGGUGCUGGCCAGGAAACCUAUCGGCUACCUCUCCCACCACCCCAGACUGUGGGCAGAGGGAUGGGGAGGGAGUGGGCCUGGGACUAAGAUCCCCUUCCAUAAUCCUCUCCAGAUGGGGAGGGAAGGAGAUGUCUUCCCUGCCACAGAAGGGGACUCCCCAGUCCAGGCCCCAGGCCCUGCAACAGGGAAGAGAUCCUCCAGAGGAGGACCCAGGAGCAGACCCUGCCCCCAGCCCCCCCAGACACAUCCCAAUCUGAAAGCCAUGCGUGUUCGUGUAUAUAGGAACCAUGUACAGAUCCCAGAGAGCCCUUCCACAUCCCCCCGGGAGAAAAAGAAAACUAGACAAAAACUCAUCUAUAUAUUCUGUAUCUGGAGUUCCGUUUUGAAUAUUAACUGUGUUAUUUUUAUACACUUUUUAAGCCUUAACUCGCCAUUGAUUUACCAGUUUAACGUUUCCUGGGGUUUCUUUUCCACAGGGGGCGUCUCUGCCCCCCACCCCUACCCCUUUGUUUGACUUGCGUCGUCUGAUACUCAGUAUUGUAGCUUUUCGUCCGCAUGUUACUACCCUGUAAAUAUGCUGUUCUAAUACUGUUAACACCCUUUGCUUUUUUCUAUGGGACCUCCAGGCCACCAUAUUUAGAAAUAGUUACCUUAUUAAAAAAGAGAAAACAGUCUGUUGGCUUCUCAGUUUGCAUCUCGGUGGCAGGGAGGUGGGGGCAGGUGCCCCUCAAACACUUCAGGAGAGAAGUUUGUGUUCUACUUAAAAAAGGGAGUGGGGAGCAAAACGGAAAUCAUAUGUGGAGGACGAACACUAAAGGGGGCAAGAAACAAGGGGUGACAGCCCUCUGCUCGUUGUAUUUCUCUGUUGUGAAGAAUAAACUGUACCCGGGUG